CGUCCCCUCUCUCUAUUUGCUGCAGAAAAAUAUGGCCACCGAAAGCUAUUCAUGCGAGAAGAAAAACAUUGUGACUCUGACUUCGUAGAGUUUUUGAUGAAAUUUGUAAUUCCGUGAUAAUUUUCAAAACUUGAAGUUGUUAUAUUUUUUUCUGCUAGAGAGUAUCCGUUAAUGCCAAGUCGUGUAAAUUUUGUUGUUUAUGGUGUCCCUUUUUGUAUGUCACUUUCAUGUUGACACUACACAACACUGACGAUUUCACUGUGGGGAGGAGGGGGCACUAGAUCUAGAGGUUUAACUGCAGACCCACCUCUUGAUUUUAAAAAUCGCAUUUUCACUGAUUUAGAUAAUUACAGAAUUGAAUUGUUUUUUUCUAAGUUCAUUGUUGGUGGCUCACAACAUAUGUCAUGGAUGACAGGGAGCAGAUCUGUGCCAGCCUGAUAACAUGGCUGGAAACUUUUUCUCCAGAAGCACCUCACAGUACAGCAGAAGAGCUGAGUGAUGGGGUAGCUAUAGCACAAGCCUUAUGUGUCAUAGCGCCAAGUUUUUUUACACAGACUUGGCUCGGAAAGAUUAAGUCAGAAGACCUCAGCAACUGGAGGCUGAAGGUUACAAAUCUAAAGAAAAUUUUAAAGGGUCUUCUAGAGUACAACUUGGAGGUUCUAGGUGUAACUAUGCAAGGCUUUCAGAUGCCUGAUGUUGGUGCAUUAGGCGAGCAUAGUGAUCCUCAGGAAUUGGGCCGGUUGCUUCAGCUUGUGCUGAAUGUGGCCAUCAACUGUGAUAACAAACACGAACACAUCCAGACCAUCAUGAGCAUGGAGGAGGAGGUUCAGCAAAGUAUCAAAAAUGCCAUUCAAGAGUUGAUGACCACAGAAAAAACCCAAGGUGAUGAGGGUGACUCUGAGAUACAGGAACAGCUCAAGAAGACAGUUGAAGACUUGAAUGCAGCUUUAGAAGCGAAAGACGAAUUUUUACACAGAUGCCAUGAGCUGGAUGCACAAGUUGCCAGUUUGCAAGAGGAGAGACAAAGUCUUAUUGCAGAUAAUGAAAAACUUAUUGAAAGAUUGCAACUAGCAGAAAGCAUAGAUGAUCCAAGCACUCCGGCGGGCAAGCGAUGUGCACAACUCCAACAUCAGAUUGAAACUUUGCAAGAGGAGAUUUUUAAAAUCGAGUCCGGACGAGAUGACUACAGGAUAAAGUAUGAAGUUUUGAACAAGGAUCUCAAAGAGUUAAAGGAUAAGAAUGCAGAGCUAAGUAAACUGGCGUCAGAGUCACAAUCCAUGAGGGAUGAACUGGAUAUCUUAAGGCACACUUCUGAUCAAGUGGCAAAACUUGAGGCAACCAUUGAAUCCUACAAAAAGAAACUUGAGGACCUGAGCGAUUUGCGUGGUCAGAUGAAGCUGUUAGAAGAAAAGAAUACAAAAUAUAUGCAGCAACAAAUUGAAAUGGAAGAGGAACUGAAGCGUGUGACAUCCCUCAAGCAACAAUUAGAGUCUUACAAGAGGCAGACAUUAGAACUACAAAACAAAAUGGCUGAGGAGACGAAAAGGGCAGACAAAGCUGAAUUUGAGCACAAGCGGAUGCAAGAAAAAUUAUCCACACUCCAAAGGGAAAAGGAGCGUGUGCUGACUGAGCGGGACUCACUGCGUGAGAUGAAUGAAGAGUUAAAGUGUUCACAAAUGCAAAGUUCAGGGCUCCCUGUUGCUGGUGAAUUGGACAGCUCCAGCAGUAACAUGGAGAUGCUCUCUGUGCCUCCGGAAAUCAAGGAGCGAUUACUGCGGCUGGAGCAUGAGAACAAAAUGUUGAAAAUGGGGAACAGCUCAGGACAAGAUGAACAGUCAUUGGCUUCACAGGAGAUGCUUGAUGAAGCCAAUGCAAAGAGAAACGAGUUGGAGACAGAAGUCAGACUCCUCAACCAGAGACUGAUGGAAGUGCAGGCUGAGCUAGAGGACGUUCAAGAAAACCAGAAGUCCACAUCGGCAGCCAGCAACAGCGAGUUCAUCUCUAUGCGUACACAGCUGUCCGAGUCAAAACAGCGGCUGGAGGAGAAGGAUCUACAGCUGCAACAGAAACAACAACACAUUGAUGAAUUGAGUGGGAAGGCUGCAACUGCUAAUGAUAAGGUGACGGAGCUGUCAGAACAGCUGCUUCGUAAGGAAGAGGAGAUCCGUGUGAUGGAGGAGAAGUACCGCAAGUACUUGGAGAAAGCCAAAAAUGUGAUCAAGAGCCUUGACCCAAGGCAUGGAAAUGAUUCAUCCACUGAAGUAUUCGCCUUAAAAAAUCAACUUCAAGAAAAAGACAACUACAUUAACUUCCUAGAGAAAGAUCAGGAGAAGAUGAAGUCUGUAAGAGACCAGGAGGAAAGGCUCAUUGUCACAGCGUGGUAUAAUCUGGGAAUGCAGCUCCAUCGUCAGGCAGCUGAAGAACGCCUGGCGAAUUGUUCAAUGGGUCAGUCUUUCCUGGCUCGUCAGCGCCAAGUUCAUUCUCGUCGCGCCAACACUGUGAAUGCCCUGCACAGCAGCACAAGUCCAAGCCCCGAGCUUCAACAAGAGGGUCCUCUGUCCAUUGUCACUCCCAGCUCUAGGAGAAAAUUCUCAUUCAGAAAGUCAAAGCCUGUCACUCAGCCCUCAACAGGAAAUACACGGAAGUCUCCUCAGUUAUUUUCAACACAUCCCUCCAUACCACAAGCUGAUGAGCCAGACUUUCCACAGAUCAAACCAAAUCAUUUCAACGGUGGUAAUUCAAGAGGCUUUUGACAUUUAUAAUUGUUUAUAUUUUUUAGUUCAUUGUAUUUAAUAGUAGUUUUAUUGAAAAAAUGGUAUGAUAAUAGAAUUAGUUAUUCCAUCACUGAUCACAAAAUCACGGCUGUCAGAUUCUACCUACAGUGCAGCCCUGAGGAAAUGCUGAAUAAAAGAACUGAGGGCUGUCCAGUUAUUGAAAAAAACAAUUUUUUAAUGCUAGGCAGUGAACAUUUGCGGGUGGUUAAAGGGUGUUUUUGUCCUCCUCUGUCUAACUUUUAAAAAUUAAUGUCUGCCUUUUGUCUCUUGUUCUUGAGCACAAUUACUGUAAUGGUGUGAUUCCUUUCAUUUACAACUGUCAGCAUAUGACUGAGCCUAAUGAGUCACUGUGAUGUAAGGGGACUUAAAUUGUUGAUAUUUUAGUACUGAUAGUGAUAGUUCUUACAUUGUAUUGUUAAUACUUAUACCUACAUAGUCCAUGAGUAUAUAAAUAUAUAUAAUAAUCGACAAAUAAAGAGUCGACAAUGCCCACCUUCAUAGUCCAUAAGUAUAAUAACAAUAGACAAAUAAAUAAAGAAAUAAAGCUGUAAACAGAUAUGUUGGAAAGUUAAUAUUUUAUAGUUUUAGUAUUUCACUCAAAAUGAAAUGGUUUAAGAGUGGAAAAUGCACUUGCAUUCAUGAAAGUAUGAUAUUUAACCAUAGCAGCUUAACACUGAUGUACAUAACUUACUUGCAGACUCUGACUUCUUUUCAACUCUCGAUGAUCAUUAGUUGUUGUUGUUUUGUUUUGGUUUUUUUGGGGGGGGGUUUGGGGGUUUUUUCAAAUUCAUUUUUAAAAGAUUCAUGAAACAUGAGCAAAACUGUGCUUUCUGAUUCAGAAAAUGACUUUUAAAAGACAAUGCUGAAUACUUGUAGCUAACAUUUAAUUUCCUUUAUUCUAUCUAUGAACUAACGUGUUCAGGAAAAGGAUUGUUUACCUGGUUCCUCUGAGUUACAGCAAAUUGUUGAUAGGUGCUUAACCCUUUUAUUGCCUGGUUCGAGUCGGUCUCUCUGGUUGGACAAUACGAAUAAAUAAAGCGACCUGUCAAUUUGGCAAUUUUUAUCAAA